AUGUCGACACUCGAGGAUCUCGACGACCUGGAGCAGGACAACAAGAAGGAGGAGCAGAAUGACAAGGACAAGAAGGCCGAUAGCAGUGGAGAUGCGGACAUGAAAGAUGCUGGUGAUGGGGAGAAGAAGGAGGACGAAGAAGAGGAGGAGCUGAUGGACGAGGAGAUCCUCAAUUCAAGCACACGCGACAUCGUGGCGCGGAGAAGAUUAUUGGAAAACGACACACGGAUCAUGAAGAGCGAGUUCCAGCGACUAUCACAUGAGAAGCAGACGAUGCAUGACAAGAUCAAGGAUAAUGUGGAUAAGAUUGAUAACAAUCGACAACUCCCCUACCUCGUGGGCAACGUAGUAGAGAUCCUCGAUCUGGACGUCACAGCUGAAGCCGCCGAAGAGGGUGCCAACAUCGACCUCGACGCAACUCGUGUAGGAAAGUCCGCUGUGAUCAAAACCAGUACCCGCCAAACCAUCUUCCUACCCCUCAUCGGCCUGGUCGACCACGAGAAGCUGAAGCCCGGCGACCUGAUAGGUGUGAACAAGGACUCUUACCUCAUCCUCGACACCCUACCGGCGGAGUAUGAUAACCGGGUGAAGGCGAUGGAGGUGGAUGAGAAGCCGACCGAGAAGUACACGGAUGUCGGUGGGCUGGAUAAGCAGAUUGAAGAGUUAGUCGAGGCGGUCGUGUGGCCGAUGAAGGAGGCGGAGAGGUUCAAGAAGAUCGGCAUCAAGGCGCCGAAGGGCGCCCUAAUGUACGGCCCACCAGGUACAGGCAAAACCCUCCUCGCCCGUGCCUGCGCUGCCCAAACCGAUGCCACUUUCCUCAAACUCGCCGGUCCGCAACUAGUACAGAUGUUCAUCGGUGACGGUGCGAAGCUUGUCCGUGACGCCUUUGCAUUGGCCAAGGAGAAGGCCCCCGCAAUCAUCUUCAUCGACGAGCUGGACGCCAUAGGAACCAAGCGUUUCGACAGCGACAAGAGCGGUGAUCGCGAAGUCCAACGAACCAUGCUGGAACUCCUCAACCAACUCGACGGUUUCGCCUCCGACGAAAGAAUAAAAGUUCUAGCAGCCACUAACCGCGUCGACGUCCUAGACCCCGCACUCCUUCGUUCCGGCCGUCUAGACCGCAAGAUCGAGUUCCCGCUUCCCAAUGAAGAGGCACGAGCUCAGAUCUUACGUAUUCACAGCAGGAAGAUGACGGUGGAUGAGGGUGUGAACUGGCCGGAGUUGGCGCGGAGUACCGACGAGUUUGGUGGUGCGCAGUUGAAGGCUGUGUGUGUCGAGGCGGGUAUGAUUGCGCUGAGGACGGGGCAUAGUAAGAUUAGUCAUGAGCACUAUGUUGAUGCUAUUUCGGAGGUGCAGGCGAAGAAGAAGGAUACGGUUAAUUUCUAUGCGUAA